CUGCCCGAGGCUGUGCUGACAGACAAGCCAGAGGGCUUCCCUAACCCACCCCCACCCCCAUCUCCCUGAAGCCCUUAGGGAACGGGUGGAAGCUAGUAAAGCCACCAUCUUUGAACUCUUCCUGACCACUGAGCUUGGUCCUUAGCUUUGAACACAGGUGUGUCUGUGUGUCCAUACUUCUGUGGGGUGCCAAGGGUCAGACCCUCAAGCUGCUCAUGCAAAGAGGCCACUUUCCAGAAUAUCUGAGAUAUCUUCUCAGAUCCAAAUGCUCAGCGAGGGACACACAUGCCUUUCCUGAACUAAGUCAAAUGAGUGGCCUGGAGCCCAAAUGCUACAGUUUCAACUAAGGCUUUGUGCUAUACAACAGUAUUCCCAGUGCUCAGGAGGUAAAGGCUGGAGAAUCGGCAGUUCAAGGCCAUCCUCAGCUAUAUCCAUAGUUGGAGGCCAGCCUGGGGUAUGUAGACUCUGCCUCGAAAAGAAAAUAAUAAUAAAAAAAGAAAUAAAGGCUCCAGGCCCAAUCCCUAGCAUCGCCACACAUUAGAGUAGAGUAACCCGGUAGGAGGUGGGGAGAGGGGCUGGCAGGAGACUGCAAGGAUUUCAUCCAGACUCUAAGGGCUCUGCCCAACAGAAGCCUUUAGAAGAGUGGUUCUCAACCUGUGGGUUGUGACCCAUCUGGGGAGUCAAAAGAACUUUCCACAGGGGUCACCUAAGACUAUCAGAAAACACAGAGAGGUACAUCACCAUCCAUAACGGCAAAAUGACAGGAAGUAGCAACAAGAAUAAUUUAUGGCUAGGGGGUCACCGCAACACGAGGCCGCGGCGUCAGGAAGGUUGAGGACCACUCUGGAUCUCGAAACACACAACAUCUACACUAACGUGAAAACUCACCACUUUACAUAAAAAUUCAACUGAACACACACCCCAGCCAUGCCGUCCAGUGCUCAGUGGCCACGCCUAUCUCUGAAUGGAGUGAUCAUAGGAUGUCAUCACCGUGCUGUCCUCUCCACCUCCUAGCAAUUUACAGACGUCUCUUCCCCCAUCGGUAACAUCAGACAGGACAACACCCUGCGAUGUCAUGGCACCCCCAGUACCGCAGCUCCAAGUUCCGUCAUGUCUACGGCAAGCCCGCCAGCAAAGAGAACUGCUACGACUCUGUGCCCAUCACACGCAGCGUCCACGACAACCACUUCUGUGCCGUGAACCCCCACUUCAUCGCUGUGGUCACUGAAUGUGCCGGCGGGGGCGCCUUCCUUGUCAUCCCCCUGCACCAGACGGGAAAGUUGGACCCUCACUACCCCAAAGUCUGUGGGCACAGAGGGAACGUCUUGGACAUCAAAUGGAAUCCUUUCAAUGACUUUGAGAUUGCCUCCUGUUCUGAAGAUGCCACGAUUAAGAUCUGGAACAUCCCCAAGCAACUGUUGACAAGGAACCUCACAACCUACAGGAAGGAGCUGAUCGGCCAUGCUCGCAGGGUGGGGCUGGUGGAGUGGCACCCCACAACUGCCAACAUUCUCUUCAGUGCUGGCUAUGACUACAAGGUGAUGGUGUGGAACCUGGACACAAAGGAUUCUGUCAUUGCUGGGCCAGUGAAGACAAUCAACUGUCACCAAGAUGUGAUCCUCUCCAUGUCCUUUAACACCAACGGCAGCCUGCUGGCCACCACCUGUAAGGACCGCAAGAUUCGGAUUGUUGACCCCCGACUAGGGAUUGUCCUCCAGGAAGCCAGCUACAAGGGGCACCGCGCCAACAAAGUACUGUUCCUGGGGAGCCUCAAGAAGCUGCUAUCCACGGGUACCUCCCGCUGGAACAACCGGCAGAUGGCCCUGUGGGACCAGGAAAACCUUUCUGUGCCCCUUACAGAGGAAGACCUGGAUGGCUCUUCUGGUGUGCUGUUCCCCUUCUUUGACUCGGACACCAGCAUGCUGUACAUUGUGGGGAAGGGAGACGGGAACAUCCGCUACUAUGAGGUAAGCAUGGAGAAACCUCACCUGACCUACCUGACCGAGUACCGCUCCUACAACCCACAGAAGGGGAUCGGUAUCAUGCCAAAGAGAGGUCUCGAUGUGUCUUCCUGCGAGAUCUUCCGCUUCUAUAAACUGAUCACAACCAAAAGCCUCAUCGAGCCAGUGUCCAUGAUUGUACCCCGAAGGUCAGAAUCCUACCAAGAGGACAUCUACCCGCCCACCGCAGCGGCCCAGCCCUCCCUGACGGCUCAUGAGUGGCUCAGCGGGAUGAACAGAGGGCCUAUCAUGAUGUCCCUUAGACCCGGCUCCGAGCUGCUGGACUCCCAGACACUGCCUCCAGAGAGACCCCUCUCCAAUUCUAUGGUCCAAGUUUCACCUCAGCCCUUAGAACCCAUGAAACAGCCGGCCGAAGACGGUGACCAGGCGCCCUUCUCUCUACUGGAAGAGAAGCUAGCAAAGUGGACCGCAGAGCAUCAUCUGGGAGAGAAGUCCUGCCUCACUAAUGGCUUUGAUGUUUUCGAAUGCUCCCCACCAAAGACAGAAAAUGAGCUGCUGCAGAUGUUCUACCGGCAACAGGAGGAGAUCCGGAGGCUCCGGGAGCUGUUAAUCCAGAGAGAAGUCCAGACCAAGCAGCUGGAACUAGAGAUCAAAAACCUGCGGAUGGCCUUAGGACAGCUCUGAGCAGUGCUCUCCUCCACCCUUGCCCUCAGGGACACCGAUAGGCUCUGUGGAGAGAGAGAGAGAGAGAGAGAGAGAGAGAGAGAGAGAGAGAGAGAGAGAGAGAGAGGUCCAGCACCGAGCCGAAAUUCACUGAGAACAACCACUAUUUCUAUAUUUUAUACCAGGAAAACAAAACUCUCAGUUGCUGAAAGAGAUCCCAGUGGGACGUGGUGCCGCUUUCCUGUCGCCUUCUCCAAUCUGCAGUUCCUGCCCUGGCUGGUUUAGAUUAUACCCUACCUUCUGCUGGAUUCUGGUUUUAAGGGUUGGUGAGGAGCUAUGACCUCCCAGAGUGAAGAUUUGGCCCAAUUCUAAACCACAGGCAGGCAGCCAAACCCAUCCUUCCAACCAGAAUCAGCCACAUGUGGGUAGAUCGUCCCAUAGGUGGGGACACAGACCUCAGAGCUGAGUCCAUGUCUGUUGACUACAAGAGGGCAGGAACGGACUUCCACCCAGGGUAUCUAAAGUCCUCUGGGAGGUAGGGGGGCCCAGCACUGGAUGUGGCAAAGCCCCAUGGCCAGCCACCAGUAAGGGCUCUGGUUCACUGCACUGGGUGAGAAAAUGGCACCUGGUCUGAAAGCCUGCGACCCUCCCUUGUGUGUCUUGUGCCUGGUUCUGAGGCUCUUUUCUUUCUUGGUGCAAAACAAGCCUAGCUGGUGCCUGAGAACUUGAGACAAGGCUUACCACAGGAGGUACCCACUCCCCCAUACCUCCUGGACAAGCAGACAGAGUUCCCCCCUCCCCCCUUCCCCUCUGGACAGAUAGUUUCCCCCAUCACUCAGGGUCAUGCUGGAGCUCAAGCGAGAAUUUCAGGGGCUAUCCAGGCUAACAGGUUCUGACCCACAUCGUCCAUUAGCACCCCACUGGAUGCACAUACUGAUGACCAGACCUGCCCACUAAAGCUGACCCUACAGUGGAGGGUACGGCCCUCUGAACAAGCUGCCUGAGUGGCUUCUGUUCAUGGGAAUGGAGACGCUUUUAGCUAGCAUCCUACUGCUGUGUUGGCAAUGGAAGCAGUACAAAGCUGACUCGCACACGACCACGUCACUCACCGUCGCUGGUAUCUGCACACACCAGGGUCCUGUGCUCCUUGGUUUAUUCUCCAUCCCUACACUACACUGGGACUCUAUGCCCGGCGAUGAGCUAGCUAUGCUCGCCUUCCUUGUGCUCCCGAGUAUGGCAGGGAUCUGGAGCUCCUGGGAUGGCGCGCUCUCUCUCCUUUCAUUUGUGACCAGCAUGUCAGUCUGUAAAGCUCCAACCCCAUGCUCAGAAGGCAGGAGGGCCACAUAGUGAAGACACCAGCCCAAAACCACUGGCUGCCUCUUAUGUGUGGCUAGGGGUGGGGUCCAGUGAGCUUCCCAUCAAAUCUCUGUACAACACCAUCCCCUCAAAAAAAAGCUAUCCCCACUGUAAGGGACCCAGACCCAGACCUCACAUUCAGGAACAGGUCACAGGUGGCUAUGAACAAAAUUAUAUGUUGUUUCUUGUUCUGUUGGGUUUUUUUUUACAUCUAGAAUAAAUUAUUUAAAUUAUUUCAUAGCAAGGGAGAGGGAUAUUUGUCAUCUUUUUUUUCUUUUGAAGAUUUUGUCAUAUUUUUUUAAGAUUAUGUUUUUAUGUUCUUGGGCUAAUGGAGCAACACUGCCCCCUGACACAGUGACCACCCAAGCAGCAAAGCCGCCCUCGGCUCCUUCCUUCUUGCCUUGGGAGCUUUCUUUCUGAUGACUCAGGAACUUUGUGUGAAUGAGGGAGAACGCUUGGAGAUGAGCUUGUACCCACCUUAGCUCUACAAUAAUUCUGCUUCCUAGAACAAAACUUGAGGUUGUAUCCCAGAGGGAAACGGGAAUCAAGAUACGGACCUAUGCUUUUCAUAUGAAACCGUGCCUGAAGCCGUUUGAGUGAUUGUUUGAAUGUUUCUUAAAUUCCUUGUACCUUUGUAAAAAAGUAAAUAAAAAAAUAAUUAAGAAAUAAAAGUUAAAAUAGACACAGAAUCGUGCAAUGUAAGAAUAUGACAAUCUACUGUGGGUGGUAAUUCCUGCCUGUAAUCCCAGUUCAUGGAAGGCUGAGGCAGGAAGAUUGAAAAUUCCAGACCAGCUUGGGCAAAGGAGUCUAAGACUCUGCCUCAACCAAAAUAAUAAUAAAUAAUAACACCAGACUCGA